AUGGGUUCCACAGCGAACACACCCAUGCCCUCCGCCUCCUUCUCCCAUCUCCCUUGCGAGCUCAGGGAAAUGGUCUGGGCGGUCUCUGUGAGGGACACACAGAGAGCCGCCCACUUCUUCACAGUUUCGGCACAACCCAGACUGACUGCCAACGGUCUUGGGUUCGAACUCGCGGCACCCAUGCCCCAAGACGAUCCAGUAUCCGUGGAGGACCGGAUCGUGGGCAAUCCAUCGGCGUACAUGCAAGACGCCAGCCUUUGGACAGCCUGCGCGAGUUCCCGAACUUUCAUGUCCCGCCAAUACCGUCGGCUCUGGCAAGCCAUGAACCCCCGUCCACAUACCGACCCCUUUGUUACCUGUGGGUUCACCCGCGACGGGGAAGAAUGGCGGUUCAAGGUCUUGCCAUCACAGGACCUCUUCUGCAUACAGCCACUGAACACCGGAGCUUCGUGGCAUGUAUACUCUCGUUACAUGCUCCCGGGGAGAGGUGAUCGCGUCAGACUCACCAAUGUGGCCCUCAAAUUCGAUCCCGCCUGGCUCGACUCAUCAGUAGUCAAAGACGAGGUGCCACAUGCGGCUGAUGGCCCUCUCGGGUUCAUCAUCCGCACUCUCCAGGCGGUGGCAGAGGGCGCGAUGGGCGCUGGCUUUCAGUUCUGGCUCAUCGACCGUACCAUUCGGAAGAGAGAGCAGCCACUGCCGUCCAGCCCGCCACCAGAGGACAGUGACGAGGAAGAUGCAAAGAGGUCCGAGCCGGCGGUAUUCCAUGGUCGCGACAAGCGGUACGUCCACAUCCGAGACGAGAGCGAGUGCACGUGGGACGCCUCAAAGCCUACCACGGCGUUCCGCUUCCUCGACUGGCUCCAGAUCGAGGUCGGGCUCAACACUCGCUGGAUGAUGGCACACCGGACGGAAGCACAGCGGACGAAGCCGCCGCUCCCGUAUCGCGACCUGGAUGAACUGGUCAUGGUGCUUGCUGAGGAGGAUCUGUGA